CAGAUGGAUCAGCAGCCUUUCCCCGACCGUCACUUCGGACACACGACCGUGAUACCGCCGUGAGACAGCGAUAGUGCGAUUGAGACAGGGAGAGAGAGAGAGUGAGAAAGAAAGUGAGAGGGAGAGAAAGAGCGAGCGGGUGAACGAGAGAGGAAUACCGCGGAGAGUGACCCGGAGCACCGUCACUGCCGCCGCCGAAGCCAUCCAUAAGGAAAGCCGUCGCAAAUUUUUACCAGCAUAAUAAUGCUUACGAGUGUAGCUUUGAUAACCUUAGUAUGUAUUGGCAUAAUUUACUUAAUCCCGAAAUAUCGGAAGCGGUUACGAUUCGUUCAAAUGGCAAAUGCAUUACCAGGUCCAAAAACGCAACCGAUUAUUGGAAAUGCCUACUACCUUCUCCAAAGAAAUUUUGACGAAUUGUUGAACAGUAUAUCUUUCCUCACGGGUACUUACCCGUCUCCAUUUCGAUUUUGGUUGUACAGUAAACUAAUUAUUGGUGUCACCGAUCCAGACCAAAUGAAAACUAUUCUUCAAAGUCCUAACUGCAUAAAUAAAAGCAUAAUGUAUGAACCGACUAAAGCGCUCGUAGGAAAUGGGCUUCUUACUGCUCCUGCACAUAUAUGGGUUCAACGUCGAAAAAUGCUAGCGUCAAGCUUUAAUACAAAUAUAUUACGAGCAUCCUGCGAUAUAUUUGUGAAACAUGUUUCAGUAUUUAUAGGGAAAAUAGAAUAUAUGUUAAAUGACGAAGUAGAUUUAUUACAUCAUAUAGCAAAGUGUUCGCUGGACAUGAUUUUCGAUAUUACGUUGAAUUUCGAUUUGGGAUUACAAUUAAAGGAAAAUAUGCCGUAUGAUAAUGCAAUGGCGAGAUUGACAGAAAUAUUCACGUACAGAAUGCGAAAUAUUCUUUUAUUUCCUGAUAUUAUAUUUAAUUUUACAUCUCUAAGCCGCGAACAACAGAAGCUUUUAAAUGUUAUAUAUUCUACUGCGGAAGAGGUAAUACAACAAAGGGAAAAUGCGAGAGAUAAUUUAGUUGGAAAUAAAAACCAAUCCACUAAGCCUUCAAGAAGGGUAUAUCUUGAUAUACUAAUGGAAGCAUCUGACAACGGCAAGAAAUUAACUCGAAAAGAUAUUAUAGAUGAAAUCAAUACGAUAAUUGUUACCGGUUUCGACACAGUCACAAAUAUGUUAAAUUUUCUGAUGUUCAUAUUAGCAAAUUUCCAAGAAGUACAACAAAAAGUAUAUGAAGAGUUGCUGGAAAUUUAUGGUACGCAAGAUCCAAAAUCCGCGCCCGUCAAGUUCGAAGAUUUGCAGCAUAUGAAAUAUAUGGAGUGUGUUAUUAAGGAAACAUUGAGACUUUUCCCCGUUGCGGCUAUAAUAGGACGGCAACUUAAUGCAGAUUUACAAAUAGGAGAAUAUACUUUACCGGAAGGCGCUGAAGUUUAUAUAACAAUAUUAGACAUGCAUCGCAAUGAAAAGUAUUGGCCGAAAGCGAUGACAUUCGAUCCAGACAGAUUUCUUCCGCAGAACAUGGCAAAUAUUCAUCCAAAUAGUUAUUUACCGUUUAGUUACGGUGCAAGGAACUGUUUAGGUAUAAAGUAUGCAAUGAUAUCUAUGAAAGUCUUCACAGCAACAUUUUUGCGGACAUACAAAUUAAAGGUCGAUAAAAGGGUUAAAAUAGAAGAAAUAGAACUGAAGCUAAGUACUGUGUUAGCGCCCGUCAAUUCUUUGAAAGUCAGAAUUGAAAAGAGGAUGUGACAAUAUAACAUUAUCAUAAUAUACUAACAGAGGAAAUGGAUUUUCUUAUUAAUAUAAUUAGUGUAGGAAACAUUUAUUGUUACUUUUAACUUAAUUUGCAUGUUUUGUAUAUAAUAUAUAUAGUCAAAUCAAAAUUAAUAAUAGUAAAGUAAAGAUAAAAAUUUGUCUUCUUUAAAGAGAUAUUUCUUUAAAGAAAUGUUUUCUUUAGCAACUCAAUCUACCACAAUGAUAAAUUACAUCAUAAACAUAUUUGAAUUAUAAUAUAUCGAUCAUUUAUAAUAUGCCGUAUAUUUAUCAUUGCGAUAAAUAUAAAUAAAUAUAAAUAAAUAACAAAUUAAAAUAAUUAAUUUAUAUUAUUAUGUACAAAAUUACAAACCAUCGACGCAACAAAAAUUUAAAGAGUAUAAAGUGUAUAAAAAUUAAGAAUGAACUUCAUUUUUUAUUUUUAAGAACUAACCUAUUUGCAACAUGUACCACAAGACUUUCCAAAGUGUUACAACUAGUUACCAGGAAAAUAAUUAUUUAAAUUAGUUCUACGACAAAGAUAAAAAUUUGUCUUUUUUAAAGGAAGAUAGAUUUUUUGAAUUUCAGCAACUCCACUC